GAUGAAACACCCUGAACGGUUUUUAUUGGGACGGAUAUUGCAAACUUGCUCCCACUAAACGUUUAUCAUGCCAUUUUAAAUACGGAUAAAUUAAGAUGAGGUUCCGUCCGCGUCUUUUGGCACUGGCGCUUCUUCCCGUAACCGCAGUUAUAUUUAUGCUUAAAAUGACGACGUAUUACACGGGUCGGAUUCCAGAAACUACAGAUGCGUCCACAGAAAACACAGACCCAACCACAACCAUGAAACCUUUCUAUGGCCACCCUUCCCUGAUGCCAUACGAGGAUUUCUUCGUUCCUGGCAAAAAUACAACCUUUUCUCUUGACUAUAGUUUCUCUUUGGAUGGAUCUCAUAUUUGCAAGGAUGAAGAUCCGUAUAUGGUAAUUUUUGUUCUCUCUCUCCACGACAAAACAGCACAGAGAGCAGCUAUUCGUCAAACGUGGGGUAGUGUUGCCACGAGCAACCGUUGGCCAGGCACCACGUUCACUCCUAUCAUCAAGAUUGUGUUUUUGUUUGGUGUACAUCCUAUUGAUAUUCUCAACGAGAUCGUACGUAAAGAAAGCAAAAUUCAUAAUGAUAUCGUACAAGCAGAUUUUGUGGAUGCUUAUUCUAACCUGACUUUAAAAGUAUUAAUGGGAUUUAAGUGGAUGACAUCAUAUUGUCCCAAAACAAAAUUUGUGAUGAAAACGGAUGAGGAUUCGUUUAUAGUUCUACCAAAGUUAGUGCGAAAGUUGGAAUCAAUAUCAAUGGAUAAUUCUAUUUUAGGACCAUAUGUCUUCGACGAACGAGUUGCCCCCAGGGGAAAACACAAAAUUGAAAAAGAGGAGUACCCGCUUUCAUUUUAUCCCCCUCACUGUAAAGGCAAUAUGUACGUAAUGUCCUCAAACGUAGCAACAAAAAUCCGUUUAGUUGCCAACCAUUUUAAAUACUUUCGAAUAGAAGAUGUUUUUAUAACAGGAAUAUUAGCUAAGGCGCUUGACGUGAGACACAUCAACUUAGAAGACUCAGAAUAUCAUAAAUUUAAAGUGGCUAGUGCAUGUGAAUUGUUAACCGGACCUGAAAUAUUAUCGCAACAGAUCGAUGCUAUACGACAGUAUCAAAUAUGGCACACUUUUCAAAAUAAAAUUUUGUGUUCAUAAUAAACUGGAAGCCGCUGUGACUAAGAACUGUUUUGGCAAACUUUCCGUCAUAGUGUAACACUAUUAGUGAUAACAGAAUACCAGUUUUGUACAUCCAGAACAAGAAUAUAAAACGGAAACAUAGAUAAAACAGGGACAUGAAUUAAACGGGAACUUAGCUACAUCCGGAACAUCAACAAUGUUAGUCUCUUAGUCUAACUCUCAGCAAACUUAUGGUUAUAUAUACCUUUUAUGUCUUAUAAGGAAACGUGUCUACCCACACAAGGUCAUUAUUGAUCCGCGGGACCAGGACCGAAGUCACGGGGGUGGGGGGAUAGCCACCCCAAAUAUUUCGCCAACAAUAAUGAUUUCUUUGGAGCGUUCUUAGCCGGUCACAUCCUCACCCCCUCCAAAAAAUUCCGUAGCCCCACCAAAUUUUAUGAGCUGGCUACGGGCCCGCGCC